CAGAUAUUAAUCCGUUGUCGAUCGCCGAUAAUAAAAAAUCUGCUUUCUGGGGUUUUUUCAUAGAGAAGUGAAAGGAGUUCACGAGUUCUCACCGUCUCUGCAACUCAUCUGUGUUUUCAGUUCGAGGCCUAAAAAGAAGAAAGGAAAAAGAACAGAAAAAAGAGAAAUUUCAAAACGGUGAAGCUGUUGAAGGCAAGUAAGCUUCACGGGCUUGGCCUCUUCGUCCGUCUCUUUCUUCAACCGACAGGUUCUCGAUCGGUCGAGUGGAUCGAAUGAUCGAUCUCGUGCCACGUCUUGGAAUUCUGGUUCCGUCGUGUUUAGGGCUUCCUCGCCGUUUCUUUUAGUCCGAUAAUGUGAGCGUAGUCUCGUCGGAGGACAACUCAGAGUGAAGAUGGAUCGGUCGCAGAUCACCGUCGGUCCCGGCAUGGAUAUGCCGAUAAUGCACGAUAGCGAUCGGUACGAGCUUGUCAAAGAUAUUGGUUCGGGUAAUUUCGGCGUUGCGAGGUUGAUGAGGGAUAAGCAGACCAGAGAACUUGUCGCCGUGAAGUACAUCGAGCGAGGCGAUAAGAUAGAUGAAAAUGUGCAAAGAGAAAUUAUUAACCAUAGGUCAUUGAGGCAUCCCAACAUUGUUAGGUUCAAGGAGGUCAUCUUAACACCAACUCAUUUGGCUAUUGUGAUGGAAUAUGCAUCUGGUGGAGAGCUGUUUGAGCGCAUUUGCAAUGCUGGACGCUUCAGUGAGGAUGAGGCUCGCUUCUUUUUCCAGCAACUUAUAUCUGGAGUCAGCUAUUGUCACUCAAUGCAAGUCUGCCACCGAGACUUAAAAUUAGAAAAUACACUGUUAGAUGGUAGCCCAGCACCUCGUUUGAAGAUAUGUGAUUUUGGGUACUCAAAGUCAUCAGUGCUUCAUUCACAACCAAAAUCAACUGUUGGAACACCAGCAUACAUUGCUCCCGAAGUAUUACUUAAGAAAGAGUAUGAUGGCAAGAUUGCAGAUGUUUGGUCAUGUGGGGUCACACUUUACGUCAUGCUUGUUGGUGCAUACCCUUUUGAAGACCCUGAGGACCCCAAGAACUUCUGUAAGACAAUACAGCGCAUUUCGAGUGUUCAAUAUUCUAUCCCAGACUAUGUUCACAUUUCUGAUGAGUGUCGCGAACUUAUCUCGAGGAUUUUUGAUGCUAACCCUGGAACUAGAAUAACCAUUCCUGAGAUAAGAAACCAUGAAUGGUUUCUGAAGAACCUACCUGCAGACCUCAUGGAUGAAAACAUGAUGAACAACCAGUUUGAAGAGCCUGAUCAGCCAAUGCAAAGUAAUGAUCAAAUCAUGCAGAUCAUAGCUGAGGCUACAAUACCUGCAGCUGGAACCCGUAUUCUCGACCAGUUUUUUUCUGGCUGCCAGGACCUUGAUGAUGACAUGGAUGACCUGGACAGUGAUCCCGACCUCGAUGUUGACAGCAGUGGAGAGAUAGUCUAUGCAAUGUGAUUGUGUUCCCUUUCAUGGUUAAACACCUUCCAUGACAAAAGUUCAAUACACGCUUCUGGGCCUGGUGGGCAUGCGAAGGUUGGGGGAGGUUUGGAGGCUGAUUAUUAUAUAACUAUUAGGCAGUCUGGUGGGAAGUAGGUCAAAACAUGACUACUGCCAGUCGUCCUCCAUCUAUCACAGUGACUUGUUCAUAAUGCACAGCUUGAUCCAGUCUGUAUGUUUGUGAGGAACUUUCAAUGUUUGCAACCCGCCCCAGGUUCUGGAAAUUCAAGGGUUGGGUGAAUUCGACCCAUAUUUUCCCGGUGCUGUCCUGUUUACCUAUUAUUGUGUUGUAGUGAUGUGUUUUUGUUCUGUUGCCACCUUCAUGUGGCGUGUAUGUACUCUUCUAUUACACAGUUAACGGUUGCUACAGAUGCGUUGGCCCGUGAUGUUUCGUUGCUUUGCUUUCUUCUAUAUUAACUUGUUACAUCUUUGAAAGCUUGACAUAUUUGAAACCCGGCCUUCUUUGUUUCUAUAUAUUAUUAACUUGU